AUGAGUGGUGUCCUACGUCGCGGUUCAUUGAAUUUCGAUUGCGAUUUGAGUGCACGAAAUUCGCGCGGCAGCAUCGAAACGAAUUUAUAUGGCGGUUAUCGCGACUCAAAGCCACGUACGCCGGAAAUCAGUGUAAUCGCCUUGGAUUUCCGUCGCUACUCGGAGGACUUAAAAAAGGAGUCGCUGCCAGCGGUCGUCAGCGAGCCCCAGCAGCCAGCUAAUGGCGAUUUGAGUCAAGAUGUCGAUAGUGAUGUGAUUUCAAAUUUUAUCGGGCAUCAUGGCAGGUGGCAAUUUGUGUGGACUGCUUUGCUCACCUUCUUUCAAAUACCACCCACUGUGCACUUAUUUGUCUACACAUUUCAGACCAUCGCCAAGGACUACUGGUGCGCACGCCCAGACAAUGCACCUGAUAUGGAUGUGUCACUUUGGAAAAGUCUCAGCCAGCCAGCCGGUCCGUGUUCAAUACUAAAUCUCAAUUACUCUCAGCUACCUGAACUUCCUACAUCCGACGUGCCGGCGCAACUAAUUAGCUGCAACAGCUUUGAAUUCUCCAGGGAGGAUGGCAGCGCACGUUCGGCUAUUGAGGAAUUCGGCUUGGUUUGCGGCCGCCAGCAGCUGGUUAGCGUUGUCGAAAUGUGCUUCUUGGCUGGUGCGGCAGUGGGUAGUGUUUCGAGCGGAUGGAUUUCAGAUCGUUUCGGACGCAAACACACUCUAAUGAUAUUUGCGUUGGUGCAAAUUGUUGGAGGUGCGUUACAAGCUUACUCAGUGAACCUGGCCAUGUACAUGACGAUGCGUACUCUAACCGGUUUCGCAUCGAUGACAGUGACUGUGGUGAGUUUCGUACUCGUUGUAGAGCUGGUCUCGGGCAAGUGGCGUACCAUCACUGGUAUCUUGAAUAUUCUACCUGUGCCAAUUUCCUAUAUUCUUAUGGCUUGUAUAGCAUACUUCGUACGCGAUUGGCGACAUUUACAAUUGGCCAUUUCACUGCCAUGGAUAAGCCUAUUGACGAUUUGGUAUUGCAUGCCGGAAUCACCACGCUGGCUACUCGCACAAGGUCGCCUCAAUGAACUCUAUUCGCUAAUCGAACGCGCUGCACGGCUUAAUCACCGCACACUGCCUGUCAACUAUCAAAAAACAUUAGAAGCUGCUGCACCGCCACCAUCAAGCAACAUCUCAGAACAAAAGCUUGCCAUAGAAGCGAAUAUUGACAAAGUACAACAACAACAACAACAACAUACACUGGCGCCCUUCACCGCCGGACCGGAAGGAGGUGCCAGUACUAUUGGCGCGGUUAAACCUAGCAUUGCCGAAGCUAUUCCCACCACUCAUGACAAUCCAUUGAAAGUGGUUUUUAAUCGAUUUUAUUGGCGCACAACUUGUCUUAAUUUGGUUGUUUGGUUGACUUUGAUUAUCGUCUAUUAUGGAUUGACAUUGCAUUUGAGCAAUUUGGGUGGUGAUAUCUACUUGAAUACGAUUGUCGCCGGUGCCGUUGAGGCGUUCUCAGUUUGCAUUAGCAUUUUUGUGGUUUUGAAAGUUGGCUUGCGGCGUAGUCUCAUCGCUUAUAUGCUUGUGCCAGGUAUUUGUUGCUUAGCCACAAAUCUAGUGCCAACGCGAGAUGACAACCAAAUGAUAGUAGUAGCAAUGGCCAUAAUUGCGAAAUGCGUUAUUGGCGCCAACAAUGCCAUCAUUCCAUCAUACACGGCCAUGCAGUAUCCGACUGUGGUGCGCAAUUUUGGCGUUGGUUUGGGCAAUCUGGCGGCGGGUGUUGCGCUCAUUUUGGUACCCUACAUGUGGCUGUUGGAACAUGUAGAUCCGCUGCUGCCAAUGAGCAUAAUGGGCGUGUGCGGUAUUAUUGGCGGUGGUUGUUUGUACCUCAUGAAGGACAUUGAGCAUUGAGCGUAUAGAGGAAGGAGCGUGUCGAAGUGGCGCUUUUAUACGAGUAAAUAUUUAACAUUGUGUGCAUAGGAAGCACAUGCAAUUUCAAAAGUGAGCAACAACAACAAUACGAAUUGUAAAAAAAAAAUGUUAGGCAAUGAUAACAAUUUUGUUGCUGUUCAAACUGUGAUAGUCGUUUUUGGAAAAAAUUGGAGAAAGUUGCAAUUUUA